CGGUAGGAUGAUGCUAGGCAGUAUCUUCAAGAGAAUAUUCACUCAUCAUAAUUCAGCCAAAGGUUAACUUUGUGAAAAAAGGACGAUGUUGGGGGUUUAGGGUUUAGGGUUUUGAGGAUGAAGACGUAGCUUAGAGCGUUGUUUUGAGGAGCUUCGUAAGAGGAGCAGGUCGAUGGCGUGGCUUAGGUGGUCCUCUCAGUCGUUGGACCUUAGCCAGUCCUCAAUCGUUUGAGUGGGGGCAUUCCGUCAUCAGAUCACAAGGGGUUGCAGUGAAUUGGCUGUCGUCAGAUGAGCGAAAAUGAGUUUGGUUUUGAAAGAAACGAUCCAAGUCAUUGGCCAGAGCAUUGGGAUAACCAAUCUGGCUGAUGAUGUGGCGACUUCGCUGGCGCCGGACGUCGAGUAUCGAAUGCGAGAGAUCAUGCAAGAAGCCGUGAAAUGCAUGCGGCAUUCAAAACGCUGUACUCUUUCGACGGCGGAUGUAAACAGCGCACUAUGCCUGCGAAACGUCGAGCCCCUCUACGGGAUUUCAGGAGGCGGCGAUCCUCUCCGAUUCCGUCGUGCAAUCGGGCAUCCGGAGCUCUACUACGUUGAGGACAAGGAGCUGAGCAUAAAUGACAUUAUUUCUGAUGCGCCGCUUCCGAAAUGCCCAGUGGAGACGUCAGUUGGUGCACAUUGGUUCGCGUGCAAUGGCGUGCAACCUGCCAUCCCAGAGAACGCUCCUAUCUCGCUUCCUCCUCCUCCGAAUGAGAAAAAGAUGGACUCUUCUCCCACGAAAGGGCCGAGCAACGGCAAGAAUGAAGAAUUGUUGAAGACAGAAAUCAAGCUCCCGCUUCGGCAUGUCUUGUCGAAAGAGCUUCAGCUAUACCGCGACAAGGUGCAGGAGCUGAUAACGGAAAAGGCGGAGAAGCCUGUUCUCUGCGCUGUGUACCGCAGCCUUGCAACUGGCGCAGGGUUGCAUCAACUUGUGCCUUACUUCACACAGUUUGUCGCCGACAAGGUGAAACAGCACUUGGACGACGUUCCACUCAUCUUUUCGUUGAUGAGAUUCGUCCGCAGCCUGCUCCUCAAUCCCCAUAUUCAACUAGAGGCAUACCUCCAUCAGCUCAUGUCCCCGGUGUUGACAAGCCUGGUCGUCAAGCGGCUCGGUGGGAAGGUGCCGAGUGCAGAUCACUGGGACCUCCGGGACUUCAGCGCGAACUUGGUUGGUUUCAUCUGCUGUAGGUUCGGGUCGUCGUAUCAGAAUCUGCAACCCAGGAUAAUCAAGACUCUUGUUCACGCCUUUCUGGAUCCUAAGAAGGCCUUGACGCAGCACUAUGGAGCUAUCAAAGGGCUAGCAGCUCUUGGAGACCGGGUGGUCGAGCUGGUGUUGCUGCCAAGUGUCGCUGGAUAUCUUGAUGUCCUGUUUCCAGAAAUGGAUGGCGUCAAGCAACACAAUGAGCUCAAGCGGUACGAGGCGUGGCGGUGCUAUGGAGCACUGUUAUCUGCAUGUGGGUCGUGCAUGUACAGCAGGCUGAAGUCGUGCCCGACAUUGCUUCAGUUGCUGGCGUCCGGCAUGCCGCAGCUGCAGCCGGUGGCGAAAGUCAGAAAGACAUGCCCAGAACCAGGAGCAGCAGCAGCUAAUGAAGUGAACAAUGCCGCACAGCGACGUGGCCGUCUGGUGGGUACAAAAUCUCCGGGUAACAGGAAGAGACCGUGUGAUGACACAUCGACUCCUCGACAGUCAAAGAAGCGUGCGAUGGGAGGCAAAAUAAGAAUGGAACCGAGGGCAGGGUUGCACAACAUGUUCCCUGAGAUGGAUACUGGCAGAGGCAAUCCCCCUUUCGCUCGGUCACAACAUGGGUGUGGAAACACAUCUGCUACUCCUGCAGACAACAGACCUGAGGAGGCCAUACCAUUUGCAAGGGGCUUGUCAACUAUACCAUCGGGUGCAGACACAGCUGCUGAUGGACAGCAGUUGCCAUCACUCGAGCUGCCACCUGGACGAGGCGAACCUGCCCAACCGAUCCAAUCCCCCAAAACAAUCAAACCCCCACAACAACCAGCCGAACCCCCACAACCAGCCGAACCCACACAACCAGCCAAACCCACACAACCAGCCGAACCCACACAACCAGCCGAACCCACACAACCAGACGAACCCACACAACCAGACGAACCCACACAACCAGUUGAAUCCCCACCCCCACGAAUGAUAUUUGAACCCCCUGAACAGGUAGAGUCAGGGGGGGGCCAAUCGGAAUCACCUCAACCUGCCAAUACGCCAACACCAUCUGAACCCCUGAGGGCAGUCGACGGUGCUCCUCUGGAUGCGAGUGUGGAGGUAUCCGACGAAGCUAGUCUGAGUGGGAAUGCUAUCCGGGCAGGCGGGACUACAGAAAAAGGGGGUGAUGAUGCUGCCAUGCAGGAACAAGACAACCCUCUCAUAGAGGAGGUGAGGCAUAAGGGUGAUAUUGGCGAUGAUAUAAGAAGAGCUAUGGGUGGGGCAGAAGGGGUUGCCAAGGGUCAUGCAGCUGGAGUCUCAGGAGGAGAAGGAAAGCAAGACCAUCACCUUGGGUGCCCUCUGGAAAGGGAGGGCGUCGCAGUGCCAGAACCAUGCGAGGAAGCUUGUUCAGCAGAGGGGCAGCAUGCCAUGAUACAAACCUGGCUGCCGCAAGAGAGUGGUUCGAGUUCAGGGGAGCGCAAGAAAGAGGUCGAUGCCCUUGAAGCAGGGUCGUCGUUGAAGGAAGACGUUAGCGAACUGGCGAGUGACAUGUUGAUAUGUAGGGAAGGAGAGGAUGCUGCUGGCAUGCCGCUGUCGAAUACAGACGAGGAGGGGGAGGUAGAGGGAAAAUUGGUGUCCUUCGGACCGACUCAAGAGGAGAGUAGAGCAGAGAAUGGCGAAAAUGAAAGGCAGGCAGAAGAGAAUACAGCUACAGAGGCUGGAAGUUGUCAACGACAUGGAGCGGGCGAGAAUACCGAUGCCAUGGAAACAGAUGGAUUGCCGCGAAAGGAUGACGAUGGGAUGGACGUCGAUACCCCUGGAUUGGGUGAUUCAGAAAAGGUAGGGGAUGGUGGCAGCACUGCUGCGACGGUACUACUUUUAGACCAACAACAAGGUAGUCAUGGAGGAACAGCUGCUAGAGACGAGGUAUUGAUGAGCUGUAGUGUAGGCGGCAUUCCGGCCCCGGCGGUGCCUUCUGCGAAAAGGAGCGCAGCAGCAGAUGGCACUCUGGUAGAAGAUGCAGGGAAUGGGUUGCCAGUCCGUGAGUGCGAGGGUGCAAAAGGGAUGGCGGCACAGGAAGGGAAUGGAUCACCUGCAGAUCAGAGAGGGGGUGAAGCAGCUGCUGCUGGUGAUGAGGGGCAGCAAUCAGGGCAACAACAGAGAGAAAGUGGUAUGAGCAAACUUCCUGCGAAAGAGCGAACGGGUGAAAGCGGAGAGGAGGCCGUUAGGUGGAAGAGUGUGCUGGAGGAAGCGUGGAAAGAGGAUUCUGACCCUGGUGUUCUUCUCUCGUUGCUGGUUGAUGUGUUUGGGGAGAGCAUGCUUGUAUAUGUACCGCUGCCAGUCAUGUCAUUGUACAUUUAGAAACACCACUCUCUUCUUAGCUCUGGACUGAGUUUGCUAUAUGGGUCAGUCUCAGGAGCAACGGCUGUUAGUGCUCUUCGUU